AUGACUGGCCUUGUCAACAAACCUCUUUCAAUGUUCCGCAGACCCGACUCCCCCAGGCCACUUCACACCAGAUGGGGCGACGUGGCCAUCUCUGUUCCUACAGAUGGAUCAUGGAACCAAUAUAACAACCCUCAUCGUCCACCACAAGAAGAGAGAGAGGCUUAUGGUCCGGGCUAUAUAUCCCACUACCCUCCCUCUAACCGGCACGAUACCCUUCAUAGGGACAAUAAUGAUGAAGAAGAAGAUACCGUGGGCAUACCAGCUCAUCCUUUGACCUCUGUCCAUCGCCGAAACUCUCUUUCUCUGGGAACACUGCGACCGGGUCGUCUUUCUGUGCGCCUGGCAUCUCGCCCCAAGCACCUCCGAGGCGAAGCUCAACCCGAGCGAGAUGCGCACCAGCAAGAACCACAGCGAACUGAUUUUGCUUAUAAGCCCAUUCAACAAGGUUAUACUCUUGACACGACCGAAAAAUCAAAGCAGCCGGUCACCACUGCACCAUUCAAAUACAUUCCCACAAAUGGACGGUAUCUCAAAGAGAUCCCUGCUGCACCUCCCCCACGCAGUCAGUCUGCGAUGUCCCACCGCAGCUCUCGUAGCCGGCGAGACUCGUUUACAGAGUCAUUGGAUGAAAGGUUCUCUCGCCGUGGCUCACACCAGGAGGACGAUCGUAACAGUCUUCGAUCCAGUAUUGGUGAAAGCUCGGAUAGCUCGAGCUCCAAGCGAAACUAUGAUAUGAUGCCCAGAAGGGGCAGUUCUCCUUUUGUUCCGGCUGAUCGUCGGAGGGCUUCGUUGAUGAAGCCUAUGACUUUGGCGAUGGUUCCAGACCCGGAGGAUCUAUAUGAGUGA